ACUAGUUUCACUUCUCAGGAAGUAAGACUCAGACUGUCGUUGUUACUGACCGAGAGGUGAAAUGGCGCAGAAAGGAGUUCAGCUGGACCAGGAAACCUUCUCUUGUCCCAUCUGUCUGGAUCUACUGAAGGAUCCGGUGACUACUCCCUGUGGACACAGCUACUGCAUGAACUGUAUUAGAAGCCACUGGGAUGUAGAGGAUCAUAAGGACAGCUACAGCUGCCCUCAGUGCAGGAAGACGUUCACACCGAGGCCUGUCCUGCUGAAAAGCACCAUGUUAGCAGAUUUAGUGGAGGAGCUGAAGAAGACUGGACUCCAAGCUGCUCCUGCUGAUCACUGCUAUGCUGGAGCUGAAGAUGUGGCCUGUGAUGUCUGCACUGGGAGAAAACUCAAAGCACACAAGUCCUGUCUGCAAUGUCUGGCUUCUUACUGUGAGAAACACCUCCAGCCUCAUUAUGAAUCAGAGACAUUCAAGAAACACAAGCUGGUGGAGCCGUCCAAGAAGCUCCAGGAGAACGUCUGCUCUCGUCAUGAUGAGGUGAUGAAGAUUUUCUGCCGUACUGAUCAGCAGCUUAUCUGUUAUCUCUGCUCUGUGGAUGAACAUAAAGGCCACGACACAGUCUCAGCUGCAGCAGAAAGGACUGAGAGGCAGAAAAAGCUUGAGGGGAGUCGACAAAACAUCCAGCAGAGAAUCCAGGACAGAGAGAAAGAUGUGAAGCUGCUUCAACAGCAGGCGGAGGCCAUCAAUCUCUCUGCUGAUAAAGCAGUGGAGGACAGCAAGAAGAUCUUCACUGAGCUGAUCCGUCUCCUGGAGAAAAGAAGCUCUGAUGUGAAGCAGCAGGUCAGAUCCCAGCAGAAAAGUGAAGUGAGUCGAGUCAAAGAGCUUCAGGAGAAGCCGGAGCAGGAGAUCACUGAGCUGAAGAGGAAAGAUGCUGAGCUGAAGAAGCUCUCACACACAGAGGAUCUCAACCAGUUUCUACACAACUACCCCUCACUGUCACCACUCAGCCAAUCAGCAUCCAGCAUCCAUAUCCGUCCUCUGAGCUGCUUUGAGGACGUGACAGCGGCCGUGUCAGAAGUCAGAGAUAAACUACAAGACGUCCUGAGAGAGAAGUGGACAAACGUCUCACUGACAGGGACUGAAGUGGACGUUUUACUGCCACAACCAGAGCCCAAGACCAGAGCUGACUUCUUAAAAUAUUCAUGUGAAAUCACACUGGAUCCAAACACAGCAAACACAUAUCUGGUAUUAUCUGAAAGGAACAGGAAAGCAACAGUAAUGAUGGAACAACAGUCUUAUUCUAGUCACCCAGACAGAUUCACUGGCUGGUAUCAGGUCCUGAGUAGAGAGAGUCUGACUGGACGUUGGUACUGGGAGGUGGAGAGGAAUAGAGAAGUUUCUGUAGCAGUCGCAUACAAGAAUAUGAGCAGAGCAGGGGGGUCAGGUGAAUGUGGAUUUGGAUUCAAUGACAAAUCUUGGGCGUUAUAUUGUGACAACAACAGUUAUACAUUUUGGUACAACAAUGUCCAAACUCCCGUCUCAGGUCUUUGGUCCUCCAGAGUAGGAGUGUACCUGGAUCACAGUGCAGGUAUUCUGUCCUUCUACAGCGUCUCUGAAACCAUGACUCUCCUCCACAGAGUCCAGACCACAUUCACUCAGCCGCUCUAUGCUGGACUAAGGGUUUAUGGUUUUGAUGAGGUUUGGGGCCUUCUCUCGACUAAUGGAGCCUCUGCUGAGUUUUGUAAACUGAAAUAGACAGAAGUCAUUUAAGGGUUAAAUUCUGUUUGUUGCUGAGAGCUUUUUUUUCAAUGUUUUUUUUUUUUUUAAGAGAUAAAAAUAAUUGUUUUGCCCUUUUUCGCCUUUAAUCAACAGGACAGCUAGGCAGAGCUGUAUAGUAACAAAGUAGAACUACUUCACUACUCUACUUAAGUACUAAAAGGUUGUAUCUGUACUUUGUAGCAUUAUUUUUUUCUCCUACUUCCACUUUUACUUGAGUAUUUAUUUUCGAUGAAUUAAAUACUUUUACGUUGAUACAUUUUUGAUGUGCUGCAUCGUUACUCGUUACUUUUGUGAAUUCCUCACACUACGGAGACUGCGUAGGUUACAGUGUGUGUAGUUACGGCUACGUAAGAAAUCCCCGAGAUCGCCUCGCGUUUCUUUUCAUUACGGUUGCCCGUUCAGAAGUCAGAGACGAUGUAAGUGUGUACUCUUUCUAUUUAGCUAUUGUUGCA